ACAGAUCCCCCUUGACAGUCAAGCACAUAGCGACCGAGCGCCUGGUUUCUUCGACUGAACGCACGUUAGUCUCCAUUGCCCACUAGCUGCCUACUCUCACUAACCCGAUCAAACUCCCCCGCGCCCUCGUCUCUCUCAAUUCCCUCCCCGUAGAUAGUUCAUACUCCUCCGACUUGCCACAAGACGUUAGCGCGUCGCAUUAUAUGAGUCCCCCUGCUAUUAUUUAUUUAUAUUCGCAGUAUAGCAGUCCAGCUACGCGAGGGGCCACGGGGUCUACCGUUUGACCUCCCACGCUCGGGUAACGCGUUUCCUGUGAGCCGACCCUAAAGGGGAAGAAGCGCGCCGAGGCAGCGCGUUGGGCCUUGUGCCAACUCCGGUGGGCUCACUGGACGCCCCGUUUGACGCUCACUGCCAGCCGUAGAUUCGCAUCUGCGCCGGCUUCACGCGGUCGUUGUGACGGGUACCCGACUGUGCCAGCUGGGCUGAAGUUCUGAGAACUCUCGGUAACUUAUUGAACUCUCCCCAGCAGGAAGUUAGCGCGGAAGGACGAUUAGGGCGGGCCAGACCACCGCGCCGAAUGCUGGAUCAGAUCCCCCUUCCGGACGGUCUCAUCGUUCUCAUCAUCACGACGGCCGUGCUCUUCCUCGUCCUCGUCAUCCUCGUUGUAGUCUACUGCGCCACAAGACGGCGCGCGGUCCGAACUACCCCUUUGAACGGCAAGGCGACGGGCAUACACAGCGACAGCGACGACGAGGAGGAGGGGGAGGUGGGGGGCGGGGGGGGAAAGCACCCGGCGGUAGAGCAGUGGACCUGGGAGGAGGUGGAGGCGGCCACUGAGGGCUUUAGCGAGGAGCGCACUAUCGAGGACGCAGGGCACUCGGCGGUGUUCAGAGCGGUGGGGCGCAAUGGAGAGGAGCUGGCUGUGAAGCUUGCCAAGCGCGUGUCGGUGGAGGGGCAGCACCUGUUCCGCAACCAGGUGGACUUCCUGGGCGGCAUCCACCAUGCGAGCAUCGUGUCGCUCCUCGCGUACAGCGACGACAACGGCGAGCAGGUGCUCGUCUUCGAGUUCGUCCCCAACGGCUCCCUCGCGGACUGGCUGCGGCCGCCUCAUGUCUCCAAGCCACCCCUGACAUUCGCCCAGCGGCUGGACAUUGGGGCGGAGGUGGCACGGGCGAUCAAGUACCUGCACUGCAAGACGCCGCCCGUGCUGCACCGCGAUAUCAAAUCCGAUACGGUUCUGCUGGACAACGACUUCAAGGUCAAGCUGGGGGGCCUGGGAGUGUUAAAGCACCUCCCAGGGGAGGCGAUGCGGCUGCGCAUGCAGCGCAAGCGAGGGUACCUGGACCCCGAAUACUUCCAGAGCUUCCGCAUCACCAGCAAAUGCGAUGUGUACAGUUUCGGAGUGGUGCUGCUGGAGCUGAUCACAGCGAAGCCGCCUAUAGUGGAUGAGAAGGACGUUGUCAUGGGGUCACGCACCGGCAAGCGAUUUGUCACCCUCGUGCAGUGGGCCCUUCCAAAGAUCAAGGACGGCCAGUUCACCGACAUUGUGGACGAGCGGCUGGAGCCGUACCCUGCGAGCCUGAUGGAGAUUUUCUGCGGCAUCGCUGCAGAGUGCGUGACCCCGCAGCGCCGGCACCGCCCCGACAUCGACGUGGUCGCCUUCUGGAUGGACGAGCUCGUCAAGAAGGACGCCGCAUCGCGCGAGUCGCUCUCCCGCUUCGUGCGAGCAGUGUCCGUGGAAGAGGAGGCGGAGGUGGAGAAGGUCGAGGGGGAGGAGGGGGUGGGUAAGGAGGAGAGGGAGGGGGAGGAGAGGAAAGAGGUGGUGGUCGUGGUGUCCGACGAGGCUGAUAAUGGCGAGAAAAGUGGCGAUGGGAGUGAAGAGGGGCAGAAGGAUGGUGCUGCUCCUAGAGAUGGAGCUCCACUUGCUGCUGUUUCUGUUGGUCCUGGUGGUGCUGUUGGUGGUGCUGUUGGUGGUGCUGUUGAUGUACGUGCUGCUGAGCCAGAUAUUGGCACUAGUGGGGGUGCUACUGCUGACACCUCUGCCACUGCUGCCGCUGCUGGUGUUGGUGCUUAGGCUUGCAUUGUGGUUGAUGGUAUGAUAGCAGUGGGUUUUGGGGCCAGUUGGGAAAGAGAUUGUCUGGUUAUGCGUAGAGGACUGCUGGAGUUGUGCUGUAUAUGAUAAUCAAAACAAGGUUUCUUG